AUGCACUGGACUGGACUUGUUCUCGGCGCACUGCUGGCCGUCGCCGGCGGCACAGCAUCGUCAAAGCAGACGGCGUACAUCGAGAACCAGUAUCGCGAUGCCGGAAUUGCCAUCCCUAUCACCGCCAACGACAUGAUCCCGCUGGGCGAUUGGGUCCCUGGGAGUGGCCGGGGGGCAGUCGACAUCUACGGCUAUGAUGCUUAUCCUCUCGAGUUGGGCUCGUGCACCCCCGCGUGGACUAUGGAUGAGAAUCCAUUGACCCUGUUCAAUUACUCUGUCCAUCUGGAGAUGAGCCCGUCCAACCCCGUCGCCGUCACCGAGUUCCAGGGAGGCUCCAACGACAACUGGGGAGGGAAUGGAAUGGACGUGUGCGCAUCCAUGGUCGGCGCCGAAUUCGAGAGCGUCUUUCAGAAAGAGCUGUACGGCCAACGGACGACGAUUCUCAAUGUCUACAUGAUCUAUGGCGGCACCAACUGGGGCAAUCUCGGCCAGCCCGAGGGAUACACCUCGUACGACUACGGAGCAGCCAUUGCUGAGGACCGCACCAUCUCGCGGCCCAAAUACGGCGAGAUGAAGCUGCAGGCUCAGUUCCUGCAGUCCAGUCCGGACUAUCUCACCAGCUCGCCGGCGACUCCCGUGUACAGCACAUAUACCGACUCGCAAGACCUCGUCACCACGCCGCUCCUCACCAACACCAGCACCGCCUUUCACACCCUCGCCGGCCACUCGCAGACCGACCUCACCUGGAAGAUGACGGGCAACUUGGGCGGCGACCACUAUUGGGAUCUCACUCGGGGGCCCCUCAACGAGGGCGGCAUGUAUGCUGAGCGCCAGGGAUUCCAUCUCCCCGGCGCCCCGACAAGCACCUGGGAGAUCCGGUCGCCGGUCCAUGAUGGGCUGUCGGGCCCUGGACUCGCUUUCUUUGCCACCUCGUUCGACCUGGAUCUGCCUGUAGGAUACGACAUCCCGCUCAGCGUCACCUUUGCCAAUACCUCGCUGCCUACCGGAUCCCCGGCUGCUCUGCGCGUCCAGCUGUUUGUCAACGGCUGGCAGUUUGGAGAGAUGAUCAAUAACAUCGGCCCGCAGACCAGCUUUCCUGUUCCAGAGGGUAUCUUUGACUAUACCGGGCCCAAUUAUCUGGCACUCACGCUCUGGGGGCUGGAUGGCACCGCCGAGUCUAUCAAACUGGGCGGUAUUGCUCUUGAGCCUACGGCUGUCAUUCAGGGCGCAUUCUCUAAACCAGCGCUGGUCCAGGGGGCGACAUAUGCGGUGCGGGGGGGGUAUUAG